AGGUGCCAGGCCCUGGUGGCUCCGCUCUCUCCUUCCUGGUCCUGCUGGGCAGGGACUGUCCAGGCGGCUGUGGGAGGGCUCUGUGCCCAGUGCUGGCCCAGGUGCCCCCGGCCUGGCCCAUGGCCCUGGUAACAGUGAGCCGCUCGCCCCCGGCCAGUGGCUGCUCCACACCUGUGGGGCCCGCGCAGGACCAAGUCUCCAAGCGGAGAAGCCGGCUCCAACGAAGGCAGAGCUUUGCAGUGCUCCAUGGGGCUGUCCUGGGACUGCAGGACGGAGGGGACAGUGGAGAUGCAGCUGAGCCCAGCCACGAGCCAGCGAAGGAAGCCCCAGGGGAAGAGCAGCUCCACAGGGAUCAGACAGACGACAGGCAUGGGCUGCAGAGUCCCCAGAAGCAGGAGCAGAGACAGCACCUCCACCUCAUGGUAGAGCUGCUGAGGCCGCAGGAUGACAUCCGCCUGGCAGCCCAGCUGGAGGCAGCACGGCCCCCCCGGCUCCGCUACUUGCUGGUAGUUUCCACAACAGAUCAUGUGAGCCAGGAUGAGACAGUCCUCCUGGGGGUGGACUUCCCUGAUAGCAGCUCCCCCAGCUGCACCCUGGGCCUGGUCUUGCCUCUCUGGAGUGACACCCAGGUGUACCUAGAUGGAGACGGGGGCUUCAGUGUGACGUCUGGUGGGCAGAGCCGGAUCUUCAAGCCGAUCUCCAUCCAGACCAUGUGGGCCACACUCCAGGUGUUGCACCAGGCAUGUGAGGUGGCUCUAGGAAGUGGUCUUGUGCCAGGGGGCAGUGCCCUCACCUGGGCCAGCCACUAUGAGGGCAGAUUGAACUCUGACCAGAGCUGUCUCAACGAGUGGAUGGCCAUGGCCGACCUGGAGUCUCUGCGGCCUCCCAGCACCGAGCCUGGCAGGCCCUUGGAACAGGAGCAGAUGGAGCAGGCCAUCCGGGCCGAGCUGUGGAAGGUGCUGGACACGAGUGACCUGGAGAGCAUCACUUCUAAGGAGAUCCGCCAGGCCCUGGAGCUGCGGCUGGGCCGCCCUCUCCAACAGUACCGCGACUUCAUCGAUAACCAGAUGCUGCUGCUCAUGGCCCAGCAGGACCGGGCCUCCCGAAUCUUCCCGCACCUCUACCUGGGCUCGGAGUGGAAUGCGGCGAACCUGGAGGAGCUGCAGAGAAACAGGGUCAGCCACAUCUUGAACAUGGCCCGAGAGAUCGACAACUUCUACCCCGAGCGCUUCGUAUACCACAACGUGCGCCUCUGGGACGAGGAGUCAGCCCAGCUGCUGCCCCACUGGAAGGAGACACACCGCUUUGUGGAGGCCGCCAGAGCGCAGGGCACCCGGGUGCUAGUCCACUGCAAGAUGGGAGUCAGCCGCUCGGCGGCCACAGUGGUAGCGUACGCCAUGAAGCAGUACGGCUGGAGCCUGGAACAGGCCCUGCGCCACGUGCAGGAGCUCCGGCCCAUCGCCCGCCCCAACCCCGGCUUCCUGCGCCAGCUGCAGACCUACCAGGGCAUCCUGACCGCCAGCCGGCAGAGCCAUGUCUGGGAGCAGAAAGUGGGUGGGGCCUCCCCAGAGGAGCCCCUGGCCCCCGAGGUCUCUACACCAUUCCCACCUCUUCCGCCAGAACCAGGGGGCAGUGGGGAGGUGAUGGCUAUGGGGUUGGAGCAGAGCCAGGCAACUCCAAAAGAAGAGCCUGGGCCACGGCCCCGCAUCAACCUCCGUGGGGUCAUGAGGUCCAUCAGCCUCCUGGAGCCCCCCUCAGAGCUGGAGAGCGCCUCAGGGGCCGGUGACCUGCCAGAGGUUUUCUCAUCAAACGAGUCUUCAGACGAAGACCCUCCACGGUCCUUCUCUCAGCUCUCAAAGGCUAAGGGAGGCCGGCGGGUCCGCAAGGGGCCUUGGCCUGCCCUCAAUUCUCGCCAGUCUGUGGUUGCCCUCAACAGCGCCGCACUGGUGGCCAGCCGGACCCGGGCCUUCCAGGAGCAGGAGCAGGAGCAGGAGCAGAGGGAGGCUUGCCGUUCCUCUACACCCAGGUUCCGGAAGGUGGUGAGGCAGGCCAGCGUGGACGGCAGUGGGGAGGAGGGAGAGGCCUGAGCCCUCACAGACGCCCGUGUCCCCUAGACACAGUAGAGGUGCCUGAACACAGCGCCUGGGACCAGCACCCCUCACUCCUGUCAGCCUGUCUGCACUCCCCUUAGCUCCCCUGCAGGAGGCCUCAGACCCCCAUCACUACAGCCUCAGCUCCUACAGCCUUAAGUCUCAGACCCACGUCCACCUGUCCAAGGGCUCAAGACCUUCUCUGAAAUGGGAUGUGCCAGAGAGACUGAAGGUGCUUUGGGAGGCAGCAGUGCACUAGCGUCAUUCUCAACUGCUGCCUGAAACACUCACUUGCAGCCACGGAAGAAAACGUAGUUUCCCAAUGCAGAAAAACGUAGUUUCCCAAUGCAGAAAGGCUCAUGUUCCCUCCGUCACCCACUGCCGUCUGCCUCAUACCUGCCCCACCCCUUCUUUCCUGGGGCCGUCUAGGCCAGAGAACUGGUGGCCCCCAAAGGACGAGAGUAACCUCAGCCCUCAGUCCCCAGUCCUGGAAGGCUCUGAGGAGCAGAGGGCUGGGUCCUCAGAUGGGGCUGGCAGGUUGGCCUCCCUCACACCCGCUACAGCCUGCCAGAGUCUUGCUGCUGCCCCCAGCCCCUCACCCAUACCCCAUGGCACUACCCUGGGCCACAAGGCACCAGGCCAAAGAGAGUCUUCUUUUUUGUCCUUCACGGCCUCUGGCCAGUUUUUCAUAAUCUAUAGUAUCUGGCUUUGUACUUAGAAAUAAAAAAUUUUCAUAUUAUGUUCAAGUUUA